GUUCAAAUUGAACAUGAAUUUUGCCCGUCCGUCGACCCUCCGGCAGACCUCCUCCAGACGGGACACGUCAGAAGACACCCAAUCUUCCAGUCUCGCGCUGGAGCGGAAGUGCAGGAGACUGAGCAAACGCAUGGGGUCAUGCUGAAGUGUCUCCAAAUUCAGAAAGGGCAUGCUUCGUGCUUGGACUAUCGAGUCCUCGUGCCAAUCGAAAUCCGCGCGGACACUGGGAACUGCUCGGUUCCGAUUCGCAUGAACCUCAAAGUGCGCGUAACGCUCCAUGGAAGAAUGGACUUUCAGCAUUAACGCCGCUCGCUUGUCCUUGGACUUCUUCUUCCAU